AUGUACAGGUACAUCGUGACCACGGCGGAAGGGGAGGCAGGCGCCAAAGAUGGCGCAUCGAUGAGUCAGUUAGUGAGGAGAUUUUUUCCGCUUCUGAUGGGUCCUGAGUUUGAGCACAGUCAAGGCACCCCGGAUCCACCGAAAUUGAACUGUCUUGCCAACCUCCUGCUUUUCCUCACAUUCAGAGAUUUCGACCUCAAACCAUCCGAGCACAACCAGGUUCGUCUUGAUUUGGUUGUGAAUUGCAGGAGGGUUCCAGCGCCGAUGUCUGGAUUGCUCCCACCGCCACCACCACCACCACUCACCCCCGAACGUCACUAUAUCGCGCGCAGCUGUUUGGCAUUCAUCUUGGCUAGGGGUGAUGACGAGGGUCUCUAUCUAGACGCGGAAAAUGAUAACCGUCCGCCGCGCGCACACACACUGUGGCCAAAGGGGGGUGGAAGGAUUUACAACGAUGUUGGAGGUCUGGACGAGGCACGAGUGACCCACUGGGAGUCGGUGCAGUGGAGAGACGGGAUCGGUAAGGCGUGCUUCGAAGUGCUGCAGUGCUCAAUGCGUGUUGUGCUGAAGGCUGGGUUACCUGACGCUUGA